AUGACUGAGAGUUUAUAUUCUUUUCCAAUUUGCUCUAAUUUUAUCUUUGUUUUUCAUUAUUAUGUAUUUAUCUUCUUCCAUUCGAUCCUUGUUGGUAGAAGUUUGAUCUCCAGACCGUUAUUGGUCUCAUCUAUUGGUGGAAAUGAUCAAAUUAUAUCAACUAGAAAUGAAUCAACAGGUUUCAGUUUUGAGCCUUCAGAGGAGAGUAAAAGUUUCAUUGAAUUGUCAUCAAAAUUUACCAGGGAAGAAAUAAUUCCAAAAGCUGCUUAUUACGAUAAGAAUGGUGAAUAUCCAUGGGACAUUAUCAAGAAAGCUCAUUCACUUGGAUUGAUGAAUUUCUUUGUUCCAACAAAAUAUGGUGGACCAGGACUUAGUUUAACUGAUUCUCUUUUAAUUGGUGAGGAAAUUUCCUAUGGUUGUACCGGUAUCUCAACAGUUUUGGGUUCAAAUGCUCUUGCUGGUUCACCUAUUCUCAUAUGGGGUUCAGAAGAGUUGAAGCAAAAGUACCUUAGCUGGAUAGCCUCUGAACCAGUAAUGGGUGCAUAUUGUGUAACCGAACCAGGAACAGGAAGUGAUGUUUCUGGAUUAAAGACAAAGGCUGUUAAAAAUGAAGAUGGUGACUGGAUUAUCAAUGGACAGAAAAUGUGGAUUACCAAUGGUGGUGUCGCCAAAUGGUAUUUUGUCCUUACCCGAACAAACCCCGAUCCUAAAGUUAAAACUUCCGAAGCAUUUACCGGAUUUGUGGUGGACAGAGAUACUCCAGGUAUCACCGUUGGACGAAAAGAAUGGAACAUGGGACAAAGAUGUUCAGAUACUCGAGGAAUUAUUUUCGAAAAUGUUAAAGUUCCAAAGCAAAAUAUGGUUGGACCGGAAGGAAAAGGUUUCCUUGUUGCCAUGUCCGCUUUUGACUUUACUCGACCCGCUGUUGCCUCCAUGGGUGUUGGUCUUGCUCGAAGAUGUCUCGAUGAGGCCACUAAAUAUGCUCUAGAACGGAAAGCUUUUGGACAGCCCAUUGCCAAUUACCAAGCGAUUCAAUUUAAAUUGGCCGAUAUGAUGAUCGGUAUUGAAACCGCUAAAAUGGCCUACCUUAAAGCUGCCUGGCUUCAUGAUAAUGGUCAGAAAAAUACAUUAAUGGCCUCAAUUGCUAAGUGUCAUUCAGGUGAUAUUGCCAAUCGAUCUGCAACCGAAGCUGUUCAAGUUUUCGGUGGUGCUGGUUUCAAUUCUGAGUAUCCGGUUGAAAAGCUCAUGAGAGACGCUAAAAUUUUACAAAUCUACGAGGGAACUGGUGAAAUUCAAAGGAUGGUAAUCGCUCGUGAACAUAUCGCCGAUAUGAUGAAACAAGGAAAACAAUGAUCAACCUAAUUACAAAUCUAUAUACUAAUAAUUUCAAAAUCGCCAAAAAACAACAACAAAUCAUUGCGACAAUGGACCAAAAUAUUAUUAUUAUCAAUCAAACUUUUCCAUAAACAUGAAGAUUAUCAACAAUUUAUGCUCAAAAUAUUAAUCUUUAUACUAACAUUUAUACAUAAUAUUAUUUUACACUGGUAAUAAAUAUCUACCAUAUAUGUAUGCCAACAAUUAA